AUGUUUUGCAUUCGAAAGCAUAUAGCUCGGCCAAGAUACUUAAUAUUCAGACGCUUUGUACAACAAUCAACAAAAGAGAGUUUACUUACUCCAUCUUUUAAUGUAGAUGAUAUUCGAGAUUUACCUUAUAAAGAUAGUGUUGAUUUAUCAUGGAAAUAUUUAGAGCCUUAUAAAGCUAAAGUAGAUAAGAGUAGAACACCAGUUUUAUUUCUUCAUGGAUUAUUUGGAUCAAUUCUGAGUUUUAACAAAACUGGACGAUCAUUAAGUGAAGAAACCCAUAGUCCUGUUUAUGGAGUUGAUUUAAGAAAUCAUGGUAAUUCUCCUCAUGCUUUACCAUUUACUUAUUCAAUUAUGGCUUAUGAUAUUUUUAAAUUUAUUACUGAAAGAAAUUGGAAAAAUUGUAUCCUUAUUGGACAUUCCAUGGGUGCAAAAGUUGCUGCUAUUGUCAGUUUAUUGUAUCCGGAUCUAGUUUCAAAAUUGGUUUUAAUUGAUAAUACACCUCAUUCUAAACCUUUGGAUAUUCAGUUUUACAAAGAUUUAAUAGGGAUGUGUGAAGUUGAAGCCAAUGCGAGUGAGUUUAAAGAUGAGGAUGGUCAUGGAAUUAAAGAUUUUGCAGCUGUAGGUAAAUUCCUAGCUAAAUAUGAACCGGAUGAAAAGGCUAGACUGUUAUUAGUUAGUAAUCUUUUAAGAUCCAAGAAGGAUUUGAAAGGUGGUCUGCAUUAUGAUAUAAAGAAAGAAAUGUUUAAACUUCCCGUGAUGAAUUUUUACAAGUAUGAUGUGUUGGAUACAGUUGCUGGAUGGCCAAGUUUAUCAAAUAUCAAAAAAUUUAAAAAACCAGUGAUGGUGAUAUCUGCCAAAAAGAGUGGUUUUGUAUUGCCUGAAUAUCAUGAAGAGUUUUUGAAAUAUUUUGAUGAUGUUACAUUUAAAGAGAUGGAUUGUGGACAUUGGAUUCAAGCAGAAAAAAGAGAAGAAUUAGUUGAGACGCUAACUGGAUUCAUUGGGAAACCAAUAAGAACACAUACAAGAAAGAAACCAAGAUUUCAUUAG